CCCAUGGAACCGGCCGACAGCCUCGACAAGGUGGCCGAAGCCAUACCCAGGGUGCGUGUGGAAUACUACGUCAACGAGAACACCCUGAAGGAGCGGUUACACCUCUACUUCAUCAAAAAUCAAAGAUCUAGCCUUCGGAUACGUAUUUUCAACUUGGUGAUAAAGCUGCUUACCUGUGUGCUGUACAUCGUCCGAGUCGCCAUUGACGACGACCCGAUCAUGGCAAAAUGUUACGGAUGCGACGCGCUCAACCGCUCCAAGUUCCAAACCCAGCGCAACCUCACCAAGGAGCAGUUCAUGGAUAGCCCUAGCAUUAACUGGGCGGCGAUCUGGUGGGUGGACCGUCGGCUGGAGCUGUGGAUCACGCAGACCGGGCUCGCCCUCAUCAGCCUCUCCGAGGCGCUGCUGCUCGCCUAUCUCACAUACAAGGGCAACUUGUGGCAGCAACUGUUGAGCUUCUAUUUUAUACUUGAACUAGUGAACACGAUACCAUUUAUUGCGACGGUGUUCUGGCCGCCACUACGUAACGUGUUUGUGCCAGCUUUUCUCAACUGCUGGCUAGCCAAGUACGCCCUGGAGAAUAUGUUCACGGGCGCGCUGGAUCGCCGUCGGCCGUUCGGUGGCGCCACCCAGUACGUGCUGUUUGACCGGCGUUUUGUGGCCGGGGAUCAUCAGCUCUCGGUAUCGACCGGAGUGAUCGGCAAACACCUGACCGGGUCGUUCGAUUGGCCGCCGCCGGCCCGAUGA